AGUGGCUCACCUUCAACCAUGAGAAGAGUGGCUCACCUCUCAACCAUGAGAAGAGUGGCUCACCUCUCAACCAUGAGAAGAGUGGCUCACCUCUCAACCAUGAGAAGAGUGGCUCACCUCUCAACCAUGAGAAGAGUGGCUCACCUCUCAACCAUGAGAAGAGUGGCUCACCUCUCAACCAUGAGAAGAGUGGCUCACCUCUCAACCAUGAGAAGAGUGGCUCACCUCUCAACCAUGAGAAGAGUGGCUCACCUCUCAACCAUGAGAAGAGUGGCUCACCUCUCAACCAUGAGAAGAGUGUGGCUCCACCUCUCACCCAUGAGAAGAGUGUGGCUCCACCUCUCACCCAUGAGAAGAGUGUGGCUCCACCUCUCACCCAUGAGAAGAGUGUGGCUCCACCUCUCACCCAUGAGAAGAGUGUGGCUCCACCUCUCACCCAUGAGAAGAGUGUGGCUCCACCUCUCACCCAUGAGAAGAGUGUGGCUCCACCUCUCACCCAUGAGAAGAGUGUGGCUCCACCUCUCACCCAUGAGAAGAGUGUGGCUCCACCUCUCACCCAUGAGAAGAGUGUGGCUCCACCUCUCACCCAUGAGAAGAGUGUGGCUCCACCUCUCACCCAUGAGAAGAGUGUGGCUCCACCUCUCACCCAUGAGAAGAGUGUGGCUCCACCUCUCACCCAUGAGAAGAGUGUGGCUCCACCUCUCACCCAUGAGAAGAGUGUGGCUCCACCUCUCACCCAUGAGAAGAGUGUGGCUCCACCUCUCACCCAUGAGAAGAGUGUGGCUCCACCUCUCACCCAUGAGAAGAGUGUGGCUCCACCUCUCACCCAUGAGAAGAGUGUGGCUCCACCUCUCACCCAUGAGAAGAGUGUGGCUCCACCUCUCACCCAUGAGAAGAGAGUGGCUCCACCUCUCACCCAUGAGUGGCUCCAACUCUCCCCAUGA